AACAUGCCAAGUUAUUUGGUUGUCAUUCGUAGGCGCAGUUGUGUUGGUUUCUUGUCGGGGAGAUUAGACAUAGAAUAACGUUGAGUCCAAGACUGGUUCAAUCCUUGACACAAAUACACAGUUAUCCUCCAUCCAAGGAACCUUUCCCAGCUUUUCUUUUCAUUCAUCUGCCUUUGACAUUUUUGGUUAAGAAGAUUACCUGUAUAUGUUAUUGUUGAUAUCAUAUAAUGGCUGAAAGCUAUAGUAAUGCAACUGGAAACUCACCAUAUCAUAUGAUGACUGAAAGCUAUAGUAAUGCAAGUAAUGCAAGUGCAAGCUCAACCUCAAGUUUGAAUAGCAGCCUCCCAGAUACAGAGGAUGACCAAACCAUUGCAAGUAUCUUAGCUGAAGAGGAAAACUCUAAUGUUGCUGGAAAGCUUGGGAAGAGACUCUCUCAUUUGGAUUCCAUCCCACACACUCCCCGGAUCAAUGGUGAGAUACCUGAUGUGAACGAUGCAACCUUAGACCAUGAGAGGCUAUCUGAAAGGCUGAAAACAUAUGAUUUAGCUGAACUGCAAAUUGAGGGUGAUGGGAAUUGCCAGUUCCGAGCAUUAGCAGAUCAGCUGUUUCGCAGUCCAGAUUACCACAAACAUGUAAGGAAGCAAAUAAUCAAGCAGCUAAAGCAUUUCAAAAAGUUAUACGAAGGUUACGUACCGAUGAAGUACAAAAGCUACCUAAAGAAAAUGAAAAAAUCAGGGGAAUGGGGGGAUCAUGUUACUUUACAAGCAGCUGCAGAUCGAUUUGCAGCCAAAAUUUGUUUGGUCACAUCUUUUCGGGACACUUGCUAUAUCGAGAUCAUUCCCAAGGACAAGAAUCCCACCAGAGAGGUUUGGCUGAGCUUUUGGAGUGAAGUUCAUUAUAAUUCAUUGUAUGCAAGUGGAGAUGUGCCAAGCAGAGUAACAAGAAGAAAGCAUUGGCUUUUCUAGAUAUGUGACGGGUCUUUGUGAGGUCAAAUUAUGCGUUCAAUUGGUUCUUUAUUUCCUGUGUUUGUAUAUCAUAUCUAAAUAUUAGCAAGCAUCUACUGUAAUAGCAAAUAUAACUUGAUGUCAAAAACAUGUUCAAAUUUUCUUUUAUGGUUAAGUUAGCUGUACAGAAAAUUAUCAUUCGCAUGUAAAGAAAAGAUUAUUAAUUUGAUCUCCUAGCUUAUCAUUUA